GACGCAGGCCUCGAGAGGAAGACGUGCGAGAACCAGACGCAACAGACGAAGUCACGUCUGCUCCUCUAGCCCUCUCAACGAGCUACGACAGCAACCAAUCCGAGGGCAGCUCUGGCUUCAAGCGACAGAGGACGACCCCCGCACGCGAGACUGUGCCCCCAGCCUCUCUCAGCUCGCCUUCAUCUAAAGCUUCCCGUCCUAAGAUCCGACGAGCGCCUAGCAGCUAUCGCUUGACCGACUCGUUUGCCAACUCUUCUCUCUCCGAGAACUUGACCAGAGCAGCAAAGAACGGCAAGGCUGAUCUAGACUCGCCGAACCACAAGCAGCAAUCCUCGCACCAUCAUACCGCAUACACCCCGUCACCUUUGGCCACUAUGAUGGACCUCGAUGAGUCUCUGCGGGCUCUUUACUUUGCUCCGAUCCCAUUGAUCGUCCUCGACUCGAACCGCUACAUUCGCAUGCUCAAUCGACCUGCCGAAAGACUUCUCGCAACAACUUCACAGGCCAGCGUCGGCAUUCGUCUCGAAGGUUGGGUAUUGCCUGCCUUUAGACAAGGAUUCACUCAGGCAUUGAAUGAUGCAGCGCAGUCUUCGCGCGGCAAGAACUGGAAUCUCCCGAUCUACACUCGCCUGACCUUCAUGGAGGGCGUCAGCGAGACGGCCGAGCCACAACCCGACCAUGUCGUUGGCGCAGAGUGCUCCAUCUCUGCCUGGUUCCCAGCCGACCAGCUCUUUGCAAGCUCUACAACGACAUUCGAAGGCGGCGAUACCGGGGACAGCUUCGCUUCUGGUCCUGCGUCGCCAACGAGUACCAUGGACCUCUCGCCUCAAACGACGCCUAUGUUCGAGCAGACGCGCAGCCUCGACGCUGUUGUCAAAAGCUCAAAGGCCUCCGCGCCGCCUCAGAACCUUUUACACGAAGCUUACUACACACUCAGUCUCAUGCCGACCCAGACGAGGGAGCGUAGAAUGAGCCCGACCGAAGCGAAGAUUAGUAAGGCAGACGUCCUUAGAGACUCGCUCUUGCACACGUUGGACAUGCCUCUCAUGGCGCUCUCUCGUGACGGCAACACGCUCGUGCGAAACCGAGCCUGCGACGAGACUCUGAAGUGGUUUGAGAAGAAGGCUCCCAUUCCGAACGUCUUGCCACCAGAGGCACCUGAUCCGCUGGCGGAAAGUCCAUCAGUGGAUCUGAGUUGGCUCACCGACGCCAUGACUUGCUACACCGAGGACUUCUCUCAGCUUUUCCCUCCUCACAAGUUCCCAAUCUACCGCGCUGCCGUCCUCGGAGAGAGACCGCCGGUGGUCAACGUCGGAUGCGUAGCCGCGGGCACUGGUCUCCGUCGCGUGUUCAAAGUCGAUGGCCAGCCGAUAAGGGACGCUGGCGGUUACGGUGAGCAUGUCGGUGGUGUCAUUCAGAUUACAGAUGUCACCGAGGAGCUCCAGCAGCGCAAGGCUAUGGCUCAGAAGCAAGGAACUGAAUACUUCCAGACUAUCUGCGAGUCACUUGCACAGCUCGUCUGGGUCACAGAUCCUUCGGGCUACCACGAAUGGUACAAUCAGCAAUGGUACGAUUACACGGGAGCAACAAAAGAGCAGUGUCUGGGCGUAGGCUGGUCAGGAGUCUUCCACCCCGAGGACAUGCCAGAGACGUCGAAGAGAUGGUCACAUUCCCUGCGCACCGGAGAACUCUAUUCGACCGAGUACCGCUGCCGCCGCCACGAUGGACAAUAUCGUUGGUUCUUGGGUCGAGCUCUUCCCCUGCGUGAUCCAGAGACUGGAGCCAUCACCAAGUGGUUCGGCACCUGCACCGACAUCCAUGACACUGUGGUAGCUCUCGCGGCCAGUCGGCAGUCUCAAGACCGUCUCGAGAAUGUCAUCAACCACGCCGCCAUGACUCUCUGGGCCGUCGACUUGAACGGCAUCAUCACCGUCGCCGAAGGGCCAGGCGUUCGUCAACUCAAGCUUCUCGGCCCUGGUACCCCUGGAGGGACUGGCUCGGACGAGAGUGGCUCGUCAGGCUCCAAGCGCUCAUUUAUGAUGCUCUCCUCGGGCAAGGAGGCAGCGACGACGGCCUCGGGCGAGGAGAGCCAGAGCGACCACGGAGCAUUCAGUCCCAGUGCCAGUCACACGACCGCUUCACGCUCAAAGGUCUCGCAGCACCGCAAGCAAAAUCGCAGCAUGAUCGGCAAGUCCAUCUACUCGGUCUGGGGUGAUGCGCCUCGCGUCUUCAUUGCCAAGGCCCUCGCUGGCGAGUCGUGCGUCGAAGAGAGUGAGAUCGAAGGUCGAUGGUUCCGAACGCAGUAUUCGGCCAUCCGCAACGAAGAAGUCACUGAGGGUGGCGAUGGUCAAGGAAAGAUCAUCGGUGUCGUGGGAGCAAGCAUGGACAUUACAGAUCGUAAGCGCGCCCAAGAACAGAUGGAGCAGUCGCUCAAAGACAAGGCCAGGGCAAAGGCUGCAGAGACGGCAGCAAAGGAGGCCAGCAGGCUCAAGUCUGAAUUCCUCGCCAACAUGUCACAUGAGAUCCGUACUCCCAUCGCUGGGGUCAUCGGCCUCUCCGAGCUUCUCCUCGAUACCAAAGGCUUGACAGGCGAGGCGCGCGACCUAACGGAGAACAUCCAGCGAUCCGCUGACGCUCUUCUCACUGUCAUCAACGACGUGUUGGAUUUCUCCAAGGUCGAGAUUGGCAAGCUCGAUAUGGAGAAGACGCCGUUCUCGCUCAACCUCGUCUGCCGCGACACGAUCAAGAUGCUUUCCUUCGCCACUUCCAAGAAGGGCCUUGCCUUCUCAGAGCAGUGCGAUCUGCGACACCAAGGCCUGCUGUUGGGCGACGCUGGCCGUGUACGUCAAGUUCUCACCAACUUGCUCACCAACGCUAUCAAGUUCACAGAGAAGGGCUCUAUCAGCCUGACGAUCCGCGAGAUCUCUGAGGACGACCAGAACAUCACUGUCCGCUUCGACGUUCAGGACACGGGGUGCGGUAUCUCGCAGGCAACCCUGGGCAAGCUCUUCCAGCCUUUCAGCCAAGCCGAUCCUUCGACGGCUCGUCGCUUUGGAGGCACUGGCCUAGGCCUGACGAUCUGCAAGAACUUGGUCGAGCUGAUGCACGGGCAGAUUGGACUCGACUCAGUGGAAGGCCAAGGGUCCAAGGCUUGGUUCUCGAUCCCUUUCGUCAAGGCGCAGGAAAGCAUCAAGGCUGCUCCUGACACGCCGGCUUCUGCGACACCGGCUUCAUUGGGCGUCAGCAGCGAUCCUCUGCGUCGAGAGAAGCAAGACGUUUGGAUCCUCGUCGCAGAAGACAACGUGAUCAAUGCUCAGAUCGCCCUCAAGACUCUCAAGAAGAUUGGCUUCAACGCACGCAUCGCCGAGAACGGCAACCGAGCACUCGAGGAGCUGGCGCGACAGCCGUACGACCUCGUCCUUAUGGACUGCAUGAUGCCAGAGUGCGACGGCUAUGAGGCGACGACGCGUCUGCGCAAAUCCGAGAACCAGGAGGUGAGGACACUGCCUGUCAUUGCGCUCACCGCCUCUGCCAUCAAGGGCGACCGCGAGCGAGCUCUCGCUGCAGGCAUGAACGACUACCUCAGCAAGCCCGUCAAGAGGCCCGCCCUCGAAGCCAUGCUGUCCAAGUGGUUGUUUGACCAGAGCACCAGACAAGCCCUAUCGCGGUACCUCGCGCCGGUGAGCCCCUCGGUGAGGUCAGAACGCUCGUCUUUUGACAUCAACAUGGCCGAUGAGCAUGCGGUGGGCCGAGCGGCAGGAGGUGACCUCUCCAAUCUAGGCAUGGAUCCUGCGGGGGCCGCCGCUGCCGCUGCCGCCAUCAAUGCUGCCCUUGGCGUUGGGACCAGUGGGGACGCGCGCUCGACACUGAGCGAUGAUGGGCCACGCAACCAUAACGACGAUGCCGAUGAGGCAAUGGCUCCGACCCCGAGUGCUCAAGAUGUUCCCGAGCUGACCGAGGCGGCCAAAGCGGCGAUCCAAGCCGGAGACCUCGAUACCCUCAUGAAAGAGGCCCACGCCAUGGCUACCACUCCUUCGUCAACGGGCUCUGCCUCUGCGGCUUCCAAUGCGCAAGGCCUAGUAGCUGCCCUCGAGAGAAGCGGCACGGCUAACACAGCAGCACUAGCAGCCGCAUUGCAGCCCAGGCGCUCUUCAGCAGACGACGCCAAAAAAGUCCGCAUAGCAGAGGAAGCGACGAAAGUGCUGGCUGCAGGCGCCUUGAAGCGCCCAACUGUAGGCCCGAGGAGCAAGUCGCACGGGUCAGCCGCUGAUGGUAGUCAUGGCAGCGAGAGCGGCAUCAGCACCCCUGGCGCGGGCGGCAGCGCCGGGACGAUGGCGCCGGGCUACCCAAUUGCGCCAUCGAUGGUGAGACGGUCUAGUCGCGCGCAAGGGGGCAUGGGUCGUGAUCUCGACUCGGAGAUGCUGCGCGCCUUGGACCGUCAGCCCGAGAUGUCGCAGAAGAGCACUAUCACCCCGCCGGAUGAGGAGGCAGAGUCGAAUAUUGCUGCGGAUCAGGCUGCCGUUGUCGAGAAGCAGGGCGAUCAGCAGUAGCAGCAGUAGCAACAGUAGCAGGCAGCGGUCCCUCUCGUCUACAUUGCUCCAUUCUCACUCCCCUAGAUUCACUUCUGUUGCCUUGCCUGCGCCUCUUCGGAGGCCCAGUUAUAAUUCUCCUCUGUCCUAUCUCUCUUUUGUCUCUCCCAUCUUCUGUUCGGACUCGCUUUCUCAACACAGUCACCCAUUUG